UCCCCUCACUCAGUCCUCAGAUGACGGCAGGAGCCAUGGCUCUCGCUCUUCCUCUGCUGCUCGGUAUCGUCGUCCUGACGCUCAGCGUGCUCUUCUACCUCGGCGCCUUCCGCCAGAGGAAGCCCGGAGAGCCGCCCCUGGACAGGGGUCCCAUUCCCUGGCUGGGCCAUGUGCUCGAGUUUCGGAGGGACAUGGCCAAGUUCCUGCGACGGAUGCAGAAGCAGCACGGUGACGUUUUCACGGUGCAGCUGGCCGGCCACUACUUCACCUUCAUCAUGGACCCGCUCUCGUUCGGGGCGGUGGUGAAGGAGGCCCGAAGCAAGCUGGACUUCAGCAAGUUCGCCAGGCAGCUGGUGAGGAACGUCUUCGGCUACCACAGCAUGCCCGAGGAGCACAAGUUCCUGGAGACGACCAGCAAUAAGCACCUCAUGGGCCAGGGACUGGCAGUGAUGACCCAAGCCAUGAUGAGGAACCUGCAGAACCUGAUGCUGCACCGCCUGGAAUCGGGUGGUGCCGACCAGGAGCAGUGGUGCCACGCCGGCCUCUUUGACUUCUGCUACAGCAUUGCCUUCCGGGCCGGCUACCUGUCGCUGUUUGGCAAUGAGAACCUUGACUCUGCGGGUACGGAGGGCAAGGCCAAGGAGCUGGACCGCCAUCGGGCCCAGGAGAUCUUCCAGGAAUUUCGCAAGUAUGACCAGCUCUUCCCUCGCCUGGCGUUCGGAGUGCUGCCUCCCAAGGACAAGGCCGAGGCUGAGAGGCUCAAGAGGUUCUUCUGGCGGGCGCUGGCUGUAAGCCGCAUUCGGCAGAGGGACAACGUGAGCGGCUGGGUGUCCGACAACGUGAGGAUGAGGACGGAGAGCGGCAUGAAGGAGUUCAUGCAGGACCGCUACAUGCUGGGCCUUCUCUGGGUCUCACAGGGGAACACGGGGCCCUCCGCCUUCUGGCUGCUGCUCUUCCUCAUGAAGCACCCCGAGGCCAUGGCGGCUGUGCGGGGCGAAGUGGACCGGGUUCUGAUGGAGGCGGGCCAGCGGGUGGUGCCAGGGGGGCCCCUGAUCGAUCUGACUAAGAACAUGCUGCUGCAGACCCCCGUCCUGGACAGCGCCGUGGAGGAGAUGCUGCGCAUGACUGCGGCGCCCAUGCUGACGCGGGCCGUGCUGCAGGACGUCACGCUGAAGAUGCCGGCUGGGAAGGAGUAUGCCAUCCGCCGGGGCGACCGUGUGGCCCUCUUCCCGCACGCCUCCGUGCAGAUGGACCCCGCCGUGCACGCCGAUCCACACGUCUUCCGACACGACCGCUUCCUGACCCCGGAGGGCUCCCGCAAGGUGGACUUCUACAAGGAUGGGCAGAAGCUCAAGUUCUACAACAUGCCCUGGGGGGCGGGCGCCACCAUGUGUCCUGGGCGCUUCUUUGCCACCAACGAGCUCAAGCAGUUUGUCUUCCUCAUGCUCUCCUACUUUGACUUUGAGCUGCUGGAGCCGGCGGAAGAGAUCCCUGGCAUCGACGUGACCCGCUGGGGCUUUGGCACCAUGCAACCCACACGAGAGGUGCAGUUUAAGUAUCAGCUGCGUGUCUGAGGACCCCCACUGACCAAGCUGGGGACUGUAAUGAGCCCCACUACCAGGGCAGCGAUGUACUAAUAAGGUGGGUGGGUAACGCACAGGUCAAUAAACCAGUGAGCACCACCA